AUGACUACUGAGGUCUACCCCAGUAUGACGAUGGUGCAAACCGACGGCACCCAUUCCCUUGCGCUAUACAGCCACGGCCCAGAACCGUGUGAUCCUCAUGAUGCGGCGGUGCUGUUCGUCUCUGGUGUCGCAAGCAGCAGGCUUAACUGGGCAGCUGUCGUACGACAGCUCUCUUCAUCGAUGCGCUGCUACACCUACGAUCGCGCAGGUUAUGGCUUGUCCGACAGCGCUCCGUACCCACCCACGGCUGAGAGCAUUGCACAGGAUCUUUUAUACCUUGUCGAACACGUCCCCUUCAGGAAUCCUCUCAUCCUCGUUGGUCACUCUUGGGCUGGUGUGCUGAUCAACGAGUUCAUUGCGCUAACAGGGAAUGCACAUCACAUUGCCGGACUGGUACUUGUCGACGCGAACCACGAGACAAUGCCACAAGUUUUGAACGUCAACGAUCCGGAUCUCCAAGCCAUCUCCGAGGGCAUCAACCCAUACAUCGCGAAGGGCAUUGCCGCAGAGCACAAGCUGACGCAGGCGGAAUGGGUCGCACUCAUGGCUGAGGAAGCGACCGCGAAGUACGCGACAAUCGCGCGCAUGGAGGAGGAUGAAUACGCAGCAAGCUUCGAGGCGCUGCGGAAUAAGAGGUUGAGUGACCAACAGCCGCUUCUCGGGCAAAAGCCCGUGUACGUCAUUGGAGGCAUGCGCAGUAGGGACUGGAAUGGGAUGUACAAAGCUGGAAUUGCGAAAGGAAAUGGGAGCGAAGAGCAGAGGCGUCGAGUACGAGAGUUGAUUAGCACGGCGGACGAGAAGAGCGAGAGCAUUAUGAGACGACAUCUUGAGCUCUCUACGAAGGGCAGGCUUGCCUUCGCGCGCGAGAGUGGCCACUUCGUCCAGAUGACGCAGCCCCAGGUCGUAGUCGAAGGCGUGAAGUGGGUUGUUAACGCGCGAAGAGUUUCGUAA